AUGAUCUCAGGCUGGAGCCUCGUGAAAACCUACUUGAUUCUAAUCGUUUCGCAGGGCGUCCUGGACUCCUUGAAGUUUUAUUCUUUCAACUCGCAUGCUCCUGCUGAAGUCCUCUGCGACGAUACGUUUCUGGUCCUCGGGAACGGCGACAUCCAUGAGAAUGAGCGGAGCGAAUCCGGUUCCGUGAUCGACGACUCUCAACUCACUGAUGGCAGUGGAGAUGAUCUGGAGAACUAUGUUCCUCUCAAGAAGCAUGAUAAAAGCUUAUUCAAAAUUUUCGGCGCCGUGAAGCAUCAGGAGCUCCUCCAUCAGGAACAAAAGGAGAAACCUGAGCAUCACCAUGAACGCCAUCAUCGCCAUCAUCAACAUCAUCACCGCCACCAGGGCGCAGGUGCAGCUGAUCUAGAGAACACAGGCUUAUUCGACGAUAAUAACAGCAACAAUAAUAAUCAAGUGGCCGAAUCGAGUCCGGUCAUUGCUUCAGUAGCUUCGAAAGAUGAAUCCUUCGGGAAAAUCGACGGAGAAUCAGCAACUGCGAACGGUCUCGAGAACGCUUCUGACAUGCUAGACGCCGAAAUCUCAUUGGUCAGCCAAAACGAUACCGAUGUCGGAGAUUAUCACACGCUUCUGUCGACGACCGUGUUCUCCUCGACGAGCGAGCAACCUACGACCUUUGUGGUGGAUGACAAAGCAGUCCCAACAGACGUCACCGAAACGCCUCUCGGAAACGCGAGCGAACUCCUUGCCGGUGUGGAUAUCCAGGAACACGUAUUGGACAGUUUCGCGGUCCUGCACAUCGACGAAGACAUUCGAGGCGACUACAGCGGAAACGGCGAAGAGCUCGACUCGGAAAAUCGACUCGACACAGCGAAAGAAUCCGAGACCGCUCUGCCUGACGACGUCGAGGUACGAGCGGACCUGGGAAGUGGUCAGGGCAGCGAGGCGGUCAAAAAUGGGGACACAACUAAAUCGAAUGAAGAAAUCGGUGGAAGUCGCGUCGAAGCGACCAGGGAAGCGGAUGACGAAGUUUCUCGUAGAGAUGAAGAGGUUGAAAAAAUGCUCGAAGCCGAAGGUGUGGCAAGCAGCACAAUCGAACACCACGUGGCAAAGGAAACCGUGUGCAAUCCUGAAAUUCUGGCCGAUUGGAUAACCAAGGAUAGACUGGGUAUCCGGGAGAAGCUACGGGGGCCGCCAGGAAAUUGUAGUUGUAAUCCUGUUUAUGACAUCGAAAGUCUGAGGGGACCUCGAGGAUUGAACGGCAGAGAUGGUAUGGAUGGAUCUCCGGGACAUCCCGGUCUCCCCGGACCUGAAGGAGCCCGCGGCGAAAUGGGUUUGCCGGGUCCCGAGGGCCCCCAAGGCCCGCAGGGACCGACCGGACCCAUGGGUCCUCAAGGCGAAAAAGGCGACGGUGGCUCCGAUGGCGUUCCUGGAAUGCAAGGACCCCAAGGACCGCCAGGGCCUCCCGGCCCUCCGGGACCCUCCCACGGGAGAUAUUUCGAUUUUGAUACUGGGCUCGGUGACGGAACUUACGGCACUUACAUGGGCGCACCUGGACCCGCGGGGCCCAUUGGGCCCCAGGGACCCGCCGGAGCGAAAGGUUCAAGAGGACCUCCGGGGGAGAAAGGUGCUAAGGGUGAUACGGGCUCGAAAGGAUCCCGUGGUCUACGGGGACCAAUGGGAAUUACGGGCAGGCAAGGAGCAAAGGGAGAACCAGGAAUGAACGGAGCUGACGGACGACCGGGAACCCCGGGAUUCACCGGGGACAAGGGCGAGCGUGGUGAACGAGGUGAACCAGGUGUCGGACUCCCGGGUCCCCCCGGGCCGCCGGGACGCAGUGUUGUCUCUCACGAUGACUAUGACAACGGCCUAAUUCUUGAGGCUACGAAAGGUGAUCGCGGAGAGAUGGGACCUCCAGGCCCUCAAGGGAUCGACGGUAGAACGGGCCCACGAGGUGAGCCAGGCGAACCUGGUCCGGCUGGUCCGCAGGGACCCAAAGGGGAACCAGGACCUGUGACAAUGCUCGGAGACAAUGUGGCAAUCCACGUGAUGAAAGGGGACAAAGGCGAUGAGGGUCGUCGAGGCAAGAGAGGUUAUCGAGGUCCACCGGGACCUGCAGGCGGGCCCCCAGGCCCCGCGGGUCCCCCAGGACCGCCUGGUGAAGGCCUCAAAGGCGAACGAGGAGAACCCGGACCUCCCGGUCUUGUCACCAGUGCGGAUGGCGAGGUCAUCCGCGGAGAACGUGGAGAGCCGGGUCCCCAAGGACCUCAAGGAGAGAUCGGACCGCUCGGACCGAAGGGAGAUCGAGGCGAUAGGGGCUCACCAGGACCUCCAGGACCCGUCACAUUCUCCGACGGGAGCUCCUUUGAUGUCGCAACAAUCAAAGGAGAAAAGGGCGAACCUGGCGUCGGUAUUCAAGGUCCCCAAGGCGUCGGCCUUCGAGGUCCGCAAGGACCUCCGGGACCCCCUGGACCACCUGGACCUUCAUCAUGGAACCCUGACUUCAAUCCUAAUGCUCCCGUAAGUGCAAUGCUCCGCGCACCGGGCUCGAUGUUGUCUCAUUUCAAAGGACCACCGGGUCCUCCUGGUCCACCGGGAGAGUGUGUCUGCAAUCCCAAAUCUUCUCAGGUGGUGCCUGGUGCUCUGGUUGUUAAGGACCAGAAAUCUCUACAUGAAACGACCGAUUUCACGUCUCCUGGAGCGAUCGCAUAUGUGACGGAUGAUGAGAAUCUCAUGGUUCGAGUGCCCCAAGGAUGGCAAUAUGUCGGCUUGGGGCCUAUAAUCCUCCCCACCGUAACGACGACAACAACGACGACUGAACAACCGAAACCUCAAUUCACUUCUGAUGACCUCAAGAAUGUGCCAACCAAGAGGAGGAAGAUUCGGAUGGCGGCCUUGAAUCAGCCCUACAGUGGCGACAUGCACGGUGUGCGUUCAGCUGACUACGAAUGCUAUCGUGAGAGCCGCAACGCCGGCCUCAACGGAACUUUCAGGGCUUUCCUUGCGUCCAGGAUCCAGAACGUGGAAAGUCUGGUGCGAGCGCGAGACGCCUCAGCACCGGUGGUGAAUCUCAAGGGCGAGUUGCUCUUCAAUUCGUGGCGCGAAAUCUUCUCGGGAAGCUUGGGACACUUCCCCAUAAGCCCGAGAAUCUACUCGUUCGAUGGCAAGAACGUAAUGAAUGAACACACGUGGCCUCAGAAGAUCGUAUGGCACGGCGCCGACCGGAACGGCGCACGUAACAUGGAACAUUAUUGCGACGCGUGGAACUCCGCAGCGUCGCGAAAGACAGGUUUGGGAUCUUCUCUCCUCCACAACCGUUUACUCGACCAGCAGAAAUAUCCGUGCAACAUGCGAUUCAUCGUGCUCUGCGUCGAAAUCAGCAGCUCGAGCAGCGCCGUGCCGGUGGCAAGCCACUCGAAGGACCAAGAAUCCAGGUGGAGACGUCGAGGGAGGUCGCUGCACGAUGACACUCCCUCGUCGGAUCACCUGCUCUCAUUUGAAGAAUAUUCCGACUCCUUGGAUAGGAAAAAAAAGUCUUGGUCAGACGAUGAACUGCAUCUGUAAAGCAAGUUGCCGGAUCCAGUCACACAUCAGCUCAGUGUACAAAUCAGUCAGAAGGAUUCGAUUAGGAUAGACAAGGGCCUUCUUUCCUCUC